GCAAAAUCUACCACGCGAUUACAAAUAAAUCCAUCAUGAAGCGAGCGGUGUUAGUGCUGGUUCUAAUCGGCGCCACGACCGGCGCUCGACUCGAUUACCUGCCCCCGGGUCGAGGAGGCGGCGACGGAGGCGGCGGCGGCUACCCCGGAGCUACCGCCCCCGCAGGACCUGGAGGACAAAAUAGAUAUCCUGGUGGAAGUGGAGGAGGUUACCAAGGUGGCGGUGGAAGUGGUGGAGGAUAUCAAGGAGGCGGUGGAAGUGGAGGAGGAUAUCAAGGAGGCGGUGGAAGUGGAGGAGGGUAUCAAGGAGGCGGUGGAAGUGGAGGAUAUCAAGGGGGUGCUGGUGGAAGACCUGGUGGAUUCGGCGGAGGCGGCGGCGGCGGAGGCGGCGGAGGCGGCAGACCCGGAGCCGGUUCAGAAAUUCCGAUCAUCCGUUAUGAAAACAACAACAACGGGGACGGUACCUACAAUUAUCUAUACGAAACCGGGAACGGCAUCAACGCCGAUGAAUCGGGCGAUGCCCGCGGGGACGGCACCCAAGCUCAAGGUUCCUUCAGUUACACGUCGCCGGAGGGCCAGCAGAUCUCCGUGACGUACACGGCCGAUCAGAACGGGUUCCUGCCCCAAGGGGACCAUCUGCCGACGCCGCCCCCCAUCCCGCCGGAGAUCCAGAGGGCCAUCGAGCAGAACCUCGCCGACGAGGCUCGCGGUAUCGUCGACGACGGGCAGUACAAGCCCGGUGUCGAUGAGGGUCAAGGAGGCGGUUACGGAGGCGGUAGGGGAGGCCAAGGAGGGUACUCUGGAGGUGGACAAGGAGGGUAUUCUGGAGGCGGUGGUGGACAAGGAGGAUACUCCGGAGGUGGACAAGGAGGGUACUCAGGGGGUGGACAAAGUGGUGGACAAGGAGGGUACUCUGGAGGCGGUGGUGGACAAGGAGGAUACUCUGGAGGUGGACAAGGAGGUGGUUAUUCAGGUGGACGAGGUGUGUACUCUUUAGGAAGUGGACAAUCCGGCGGCGGUAGAGGUGGUACCCCUUCCGGUCUGUACGGUACUCCGGGUACCGGGGGCGGUAACAGAGGAUCGGACGGUUACAGCCAAUACCUGCCCCCCAGUCAGGGAUACAACAACAACAACAACAACAACAACAACAACUACCAGCCCCAACCUCAGGCCUCGUUCAACCAUCACCAGGCGCAGGCGCAGAGCUCCUUCAACAAAGGCCCCGAUGGGCCCAUCAAUAAGGCAGCCAACGACGUGCCCAUCCUAAGAUUGGACAACGAAAACGACGGGGAGACCUACAAUUACGCCGUGGAAACCGGCGAUGGUGUACAAGUACAAGAACACGGUGACGCCCGAGGAGACGGUACGAACGCCGAAGGCGGUUUCUCCUACACCGCCCCCGACGGGCAACAGAUCCAAAUCCACUACCAGGCCGGUCCCAACGGUUUCCAGCCCCAGGGCGCCCACCUCCCGACGCCGCCCCCCGUCCCCGCCGACAUCCAGAAGGCGGUCGAACAGAAUUUGGCCGACGAGGCGAACGGAGUGUUCGACGACGGGCAGUACAAGCACCAGGAGGAGGAGAACCGCCCCCAAAGCGGUUACCAGAAACACAGGGAGGCGGGCCAGGCGAGCGCCAGCGCCACCUCUUUUCAGCCGCAGAAACAGUACGUUCCGGCCGGCGCCAAUUCCGCCGGUUACAAGUAUUGA